UGGAGGCCCGCCCUGUGGAUCCAGCACUUCAGAGCGACCUCCCGGUCCCGCCUCCCGGAUGUACCCGUAGUCCGCAGUCCUCACCCGGAGUUGCGGUUGCUGCUCUGCAGAACCUCGUGACCAGGAAGAAAAGAAACUAGGGACAAUGAGGUUCCUUUUCUUCCUGUUCGUUGCUGUUGUUCACCUUUUCUCCUUGGGCUCUGGAAAAGCUAUAUACAAGAGUGGUGUUUCUCAGCGAACAUUUCAAGAAAUAAAAGAAGAAAUAGCCAACUAUGAAGAUGUUGCUAAAGCAAUUAUCAACCUUGCUGUUUAUGGAAAAUACCAGAACCGGUCGUAUGAGCGUUUGGGACUUCUAGUUGAUACUGUUGGACCCAGACUGAGUGGCUCUAAGAACCUAGAGAAAGCUAUCCAAAUCAUGUACCAAAACCUGCAACAAGAUGGGCUGGAAAAUGUCCACCUGGAGCAGGUCAGAAUACCCCACUGGGAGAGGGGCGAAGAAUCUGCAGUGAUGGUGGUGCCUCGAAUUCACAAGUUGGCUAUUUUAGGCCUUGGCGGCAGCAUUGGAACUCCUCCUGAAGGUAUCACAGCAGAAGUACUCGUGGUGGCCUCUUUUGUUGAACUUCAAAGAAGGGCAUCAGAGGCACGAGGGAAGAUCGUUGUUUAUAACCAGCCUUACACUGACUAUGGGAAAACUGUGCAGUACCGGGAGCGAGGAGCUGUGGAAGCUGCCAAGGUGGGGGCCGUGGCAUCCCUCAUCCGAUCAGUAGCUUCUUUUUCCAUCUACAGUCCUCACACAGGUCAUCAAGGAUAUCAAGAUGGUGUGCCCAAGAUUCCAACAGCCUGUAUCACAAUAGAAGAUGCAGAAAUGAUGUCUCGAAUGGCUUCUCGUGGGGACAAAAUUGUCAUUCAUCUGGAAAUGGGAGCAAAGACCUAUCCAGAUACGGAUUCCUUCAACACUGUUGCAGAGAUCACUGGGAGCAAGUAUCCAGAGGAAGUUGUCCUGGUCAGUGGACAUCUGGACAGCUGGGACGUUGGGCAGGGUGCCCUGGAUGAUGGCGGUGGAGCCUUCAUAUCAUGGGAAGCACUCUCACUUGUUAAAGAUCUUGGUAAAUAUUUAGAAAGUCUUUAAACCACAUGUGAUUGUCUCAAUA